CGAUAUCCAAAUUUUGUUGCACCUGUGUUUCUCUUCCUGCAGUAAUAGAGAAAUGACAGAGCGCUUGGUUCAGAUCCUCUGCCGUAACACCGAGUAAAUGGCAAACAGGUUCUAAGUGAACAUUGUGACCGUCCAACUGACAGUACUGAUCGAAAUCGCAAAACGUGAGAUUCGAUGCGUGCAAUAUGGCAGCAGCUGUUGCAAACACAUCUGUCUGUUCAUCGACAGAGAACUUCAUCGCCUUCAUAGCCGCUUGUAGCGCCGCACAAGUGUCUCUGUCAGAGACCCCAUCGCGACGAUCGAGCGUGCCACUGGCAGUGAUUUUGAAAUCGUCCGGAGAAGCAGUCGACGCCAAAAAAUAGUUUCGCAGUUCAUCCGCCCCCACACCUCCAGAGAGUAUCUCGUAGAAGAUGUGAUAGUUUCGCUCCCCAAGAGAUUGUGUUACCAGUCGGACCUUUUCGAGGAGGUAUGUUUCGAUCUGAGCUCCAACCAAGCGUCCUGUCCGAGUAAACUGUAUUUCAAUAAACUUUCCAAAGCGACUUGAAUUAUCGUUCCUCAUGGUACGAGCGUUUCCAAAACUCUCUAAAAUUGGAUUGCUCUGAAGUACCUGCGCUUCGAUGGAAUUCAAGGCGUCGGUUCCAGCUAGACAAGUGACAUCGGAAAGACCAUCGGUGCUUUUUCGAACACCGCCUUUGUUGUUUAGUCCGCCCGAUUUUGAUCGGGAAACCCAACUCGGUGCAGACGAUAUUGAUGAUGUUGAUGGCAAGUAAUUCUUAGUAGCGGUGCUGCUAUAACCUGCGCUUUGUUUUUUCUUCUUCUCGUCGGCAACCUUCUGGUAGGCACGUUUUACUUUCUUUUGACUUCCAGCUCGUUGAGAGAGGGCAGCCAGGUAUUUCAUUACGAACUUUGUCGUUACUGUUUUCCCGGCACCGGAUUCACCGCUGACGAGAAUACUCUGAUCGCAUGAUUGAGAGUCUACUGCUCCCAGAGAUUGAUCCAAGCUUCUCAUCAUGUUCCGGAACGCCUCAUCCGCAAUUGCGUAUACGUGCGGUGGGAGGUCUUCCUUCGAUUGGUUUUCGGAUUUUUCCCAAUACUUCUUCAUGGUGUCUUCACCGUACAAAUCGUCGAUAUUUUGGAAGGGAUUGAGUGCCAAAAGGACGGGUCCGGUAGCCGUGUAUAUUUUGUCUUCUUCGUAUCUGUGUUGCAGGCAUUCCACCACUGCUGGCUCGUGCAAAUUCGACAGAGAAAUUAAGUCGUCAGGGCAAAUCGGGCUCCCGUCAUUGGAUAGCUCGUACUCAUUCCCCAUGACAAUGUCACCGUCGCUCCAGGCCGACGCAGGCAUGGUUACAGUCUGAUCGUUAUUGCCAGUGGAAGAGGACGAAGAAACGAGGGAAGACGACGCAUCUGAGGAUGCCGAAUUUAUGGGGGCUUCGUCGAGUUGCAAAAUGAUGUUUCCAUCCGGCGAGUCAAGCAUACAUGCCGAUGUCCAUCCCCAUUGGUCGGUGAAACGAGUGGAAGUCUGAUUCCCAUAGGGUGAAACACCGAUCGAACCAAUAUCACUGUCGCUCUCUCCAAAAUCCCGCUGCGACGAAAACGAUGAAACAGACGCGCCCCCAUAUGCUGUGAAGGAGGAUGAUCUAGGAUAGGGAGCUGAUGCAACAGACAUUGCAGGCAUCGACAUCGAAGCGUUGAAGGAUGAUCCUGCGUUGAAAGAGGAAUUGAAAGAAGUCAAGGGUGGUUUUCGUGACAUUUUCUCCUUGAAAGAAAGCCGGGGAUUUCGAACAGCUUCCAAAGCUGCUCUCUUCACCCAUACUCUCGUUCCAUUAUUUCCAGUGCCUCCGUUGUGYCUGUCGGACCUCGUAGGGACAGCAUUCAUGUUCAUGCUCUUUUUAUUUUUCUCGGUGCCGUUGAAUCUGGAAGAUGAUUCGUCUUGGGUUGCAUCGACAUCGUUUGGAUUGUAAGRCGUCGAAGUCUUGUCGUCUACGGACUUACUCUUCAUGUCAUUAAAUUUGAAGCUACUCCUGUAUUGAUUAUGAAUGAUCAUCCCGGCGUUCGUUUCUUGCUCCUGGGAUUUAGACGGAGGCGGAGACGACGGCGGAGAUGCAGGCGAGAUCGGUAACCGAGUAGGAGAAACUUCAAUAGCUUCGACACAGAAAGAGUGGGACGUGCCGUUAGAAGAAGAGAGAGAUAAUGUGCCGGUAGACAGAGUACCACCCGGAGAUGAUGGUGGGGUUGGUUUGUUUUGAGGAUACUCUUCUACGGAACAAGCUCUUUCACAGUAGGUGCGUCCUUUCUUAAUAGUUGAGGAAGAAUUUGCUUUUCCAUCCCUGUCGGCAAAAUCGAUAUCGGUGCACGUAGUUUUUGAGCUUUUUUCGUUCAAUGCCGUCCCGGCGCUCGGCGAUUGAUUAUCGGGAAGGAAACAUUCUCGCAUUAUUCUUGUCUUAUUCUUACAUACAGAAAUGAGGAUAUCAAUGUUAGCACAGAGGUAAGGAAUGCUAACAGUUAUACGACCGCGCACUCUUGUAAAACGAAGCGAGUCGGUCGCGCGCCGAAACGGUAGGGUUGAUUUUGUUUUUAAUAGGUAUUAAAAAUCAGAACAGAAAAGAACCGCCGUUCAUAUCAGCAAUGCAGGAUGAACAUCGCCAAAAUAGCAGCACGUCAUAUAAUUUUGAUCGCGUGAUACCGUUCCGAAUGGGAUGGUAUGUGGUACCUGGUACUCCUACCGCCCGUUUUCUCACAAUGCUGAAMGAAAAAAUAUCACUCUGCAACUACCGGUACCAUGUUCGAUCUCAACGGCAUUGUGGUGGUGGUGAUGGGUUGUCGUGCCAUUCGCAGGAACUCGCAUGGUAUCUUUUUCAUCGUCUCCCUAUCCCCAUCGAUCACAAGAGUUUAGGAACGGUCGAUAUGCACGCGAGUUCUGGCGAGAGAAAAUCACCAAACAAUUUUGCGAAACAUCAUUUGAAUUCACGAGUACUUGUACGUACCAUCACAAUCAUGCAGGACACAGACAUUAGUUGUUCUUUGACUUCGAGGUCAAUAGGUAGAGAAUUGACCGAUUGGUUUUAGUGGAGAAACCAGGAAAGUAUUCGUUUCAGUGGCUGGCGCUGGAGGCAAACUGCCGAGCAAGUGUAGGUUUGGCCUCAAAACCAAACGACUUUUGCCAGCGAUAUGUUGCGAGGACACAAGGUAAAGGCGAUAUAUCACGAAUGAGAAUGAUCGAAUUUAGUUUUCGAUCCCUACCAGAGAUGACUGGCAUACGAUCGAUUGCGGCAUAGAACCGUCAAUAGUAUUACACUAGUCGCAAGAGCAUUCGAUGAUAACUUUGUCUUUCUUGACAGGGGAGAAACAACGAGAAAUCCUUCUUCCGUUUUCAUGGACAAUCCACGUCUCAAACGACAGCCUGGGUUCCGAAUAGUUUCAGAAAACUCCAGUUCUAUGACUCAACAUGAUAAAUUUCACUGGGUUCAAGUCGUGAAUACCGUUAUGUAUCCUUAGUAAUACAAUUCGUUUGACCUGUUGCAUCAUCCUUGAUAUUCGAUGUUCGGAAAGAAUAUUGUUCGGAUGUCGAUGACGUUAAAAAAAGUCUUACUACCAUAGACCAAUAUCUACUCCAAAUCACCAGCACCGUACUGCUACUGUAGUUAUAAGUAGCACCACAAACGUCGWUAGUGUGCUGUGAAGUUUUUCCCACGUCAAUAAAAUUGAAAUCGUUGU